AUGGCAAGAGUUGGCGUGGCCCAAUUGCAUCAGCGUCUUGAUGGUUUAUUGGCUUAUUUGCAGCCAUAUUGGGAUUUUCUCAAUUGCCACAUGGUCAAUUAUCUAACGGACAAGCAUUGGAUAAGUUUUGUGCCCGAGGAGCUGAGACAGGAACUGGAAUGUGAAGAAGAUAUUAAUCUGGCUAUAGAAGAACUAUUUUGGAACAGGAAACAGGGAGAAAGUGAAAGAUUUCCGAAUUGGUUAAAAUUUCUGCGAAGAGGAGACCAAGAACACUUGAAGCAUUUUAAAGAUGUAAUUACUACCCUUGAAGAAUUAUGUGGAGGAAAUGAAAGCAUGCAGCAACUCAGUAUCAAGGAGUUCAUGAGUGCUAAGAAGUGUCAUGAGGUCGAACUCACUGCAUCGCUAGUAGAUCGGCUCAUCCAAAGUACUGGUGAAGCAGAAAAUUUCUACGUUGUCGAUGCCGGCGAUGGCAAGGGUUAUCUGUCCUCACGGCUGGCUCUUCAAUAUAAAUACCGUGUGCUUGGCAUCGAUGCCAAUGCAGCUAACACCGAAAAUGCACUGGAACGCAAUCGAAAAUUACAGCGUGCCUGGAACGGUCUAACUGAACGUGCCGAGCUGGAAAGCCGUGGAAUACCACCCAAAUGCCGAGAUAAACAAUCUUCGCCAAAGGAUUUGCCCAGUUUACAGAACUACAAGACAACAUCAAGAUUUAUUACAACUGAACUGAAUUUGAACCAACUCUUAGCUGAACAAUUUACUGAGUUUUCAAUAUCGCCCAGUUCCCCCAUAUGCCUGACGGGGUUGCACACUUGUGGCAAUCUCGCUGCCACUUGCCUUCAAGUCUUUCAUUCCCAAUCACAAUGUCAGAUACUCUGUAAUAUUGGUUGCUGUUAUCAUUUGCUCAAGGAAACUUUUUCGCAGCAAGAAUUCUUUGGCAAUAAGUCAGUAAUGGAUUUGCAAACAGACUGUGGAUUUCCACUCAGUCGUUAUCUUCAAAACCGACAAGUCCGUAUGGGCCGUAAUGCCCGAAUGCUGGCUGCCCAGUCAAUUGAGCGUACUCUCAAUGCGAAGGAUUUGCCAAAUAUAUCACUCUAUUACAGGGCUUGCCUCGAGGUUCUUGUGUGUCGGCAUGCACAGAACUUGAAAAACGAACUGCAAGUUGGAAAAGUGCGUAAUUUCAAAGAUUUUUCAGAUUAUAUACAAAAAUGUGCAAAAAAAUUGGAUGCGAAGUGGUUAGACGAUGUCAAUACAGACGAGCUAAAAGCUUUACUUCGAGACUAUUCCCUGGAUAAGCAUUAUUUGGAACUAUUUUAUUUAUUACGCAUGACAUUUGCUCCUGCACUGGAAAGUUUAAUUCUUUUAGAUCGCCUUCUGUACCUAAAGGAACUUGGCUAUGAUCGCAGCUAUAUUGUUGACCUAUUCGAUGCUGUUAUAUCUCCACGUCAUUAUGCAAUUAUUGCUUUUAAAUCUUAGCAUAUGAAGAUUGAUUUUGAUUGAUGACAAUUUAGCUUUGCCCUCUGUUUAAAAAUAGGAGUGAAACUAAAACUUGUUUUGGGAAACAAAUAAUUAUUGAUAAGCAUGCAAAAGUGUAAUUAGAGAAAUAAUUUUUAUA